GUCCUGGUAAAUUCCCCGCUGAUGGCUGGGCCGCCCCGCCCAUCCCCGAGCAGCCCCAGCCCCUCCCCGGCGUCCUGCCUCUCCCAAACUUAGCCUCGUCUAGGCCACCUGUCACCCCUGGGGCGCAGGCCUCGGGUCUCCCCGCCAACCUUCCCCUUUGCUCUGUUCUCACUGCCCGCCCUCUUCCUUCUUCUCUUUGGAGGAGAAAUCAUCUCGGGCCCUCAGAACUGGAGGGAGUCUUAGCGAUCUUUGUUGUACAGAUAAGGAAACUGAGGCCCAAAGAGGGGACCUGAUUUACCCCAGACCACACAGAAGAAGCACAGAGUUUGGAUAAGAAGCCAGACCUCAUGACUACGAAUCCAGUGCUGUUCCAUUACCAUGAGAUGCUUUCUGCAUAUCUUUAUUUGUUCAGUUUAGGUGCCUCCUGGUUCCACAUUUUGUAUCGUCUUCUUAACGUUUUACGUGUGUUGCACACAUCCAACUUGCACAGGCUUUGCAUGGCAUCUGGAAACAAAGUCAGCCGCCAGUCAGUUCUGUGUGGGAGUCAAAAUAUUGUCUUAAAUGGAAAGACAAUCAUAAUGAAUGACUGUAUUAUUCGAGGGGAUCUGGCAAAUGUAAGAAUUGGGCGCCACUGUGUUGUGAAAAGCCGUAGUGUCAUAAGGCCACCAUUUAAGAAAUUCAGCAAAGGAGUGGCAUUCUUUCCUCUUCACAUUGGUGACCACGUCUUUAUUGAAGAGGACUGUGUGGUCAAUGCAGCCCAAAUCGGUUCCUAUGUCCACAUAGGCAAGAACUGUGUAAUUGGCCGACGCUGUGUGUUGAAAGACUGUUGCAAAAUUCUAGACAAUACAGUAUUACCUCCUGAAACUGUAGUCCCACCAUUCACCGUCUUCUCAGGCUGUCCAGGACUCUUCUCUGGGGAACUCCCAGAGUGCACCCAGGAGCUGAUGAUCGAUGUUACCAAGAGCUACUACCAGAAGUUCUUGCCACUGACUCAGAGAGUGAAAUGGUGGAAAAGCUUCAGUAGAUGACCAGGUUAAGAAUUCACUUUCAAGCUGUCGGUUACUUCAGCACAUAUGUAAGUGCCCUGUUCAGAUGCUCCAUUUCAAGCAGCCAAUCACAAUCAAUAAUAAUCUCUGAUUAUGAAACAGGAAUGCUGGGGGAUUUUGAUUACAUCAAGUACCAGGGGAGAUGGCUUGGAUGAGAGAGAAUGGUUGAAAUUUGGGGUUUGGGGGUAGGAGAUGGUAACUAAUUCAAGAAUCAAAAAAAGGCCAGAUUGUACAUACCUACAUGUUCUAGGAGAUUGGGAACAUUCCCAAAGCUUGAUGAAGAACCUGAUGUUCUCUCCUCCCCUUUAAGAUUCUGAAGUCUUUCUUUGGAUAAUUCAACUCUUCAAGACCUAAAUUAAACAUUUUUUUUCUUGUCUUUUAUCAAGGUAACCCUAGCCAGGGUAUAAAAACAAAUCACCAGUGAAGACAUCAAAAAAGCAACCUGCUUAAAACUCUUUAAAUUAGCCACUCUAACCUCUAAGUACCAGCUUACCUACCUGGUUCUCUUGGAGGUUUCUGACUCUACAGUUCAAGUCAUUUGUCUUGGUUGAGAGAAUAGGGAAUAAGGGAGCCAGGGAGAGGCAUUUUGUCUCCUUGCUGCUGCCUCAGGAAUAUUGGGCUUCACAGACCUUAAUCCCUAAAGCCGUCUUGGAGCUGAUGAGGUCCUUGGGGAACUAGUGGGGAGAAAAGGCAAUUAGGUUGUUCUGUGUAAGAAACUAAAUUUCCACUUUGAGAAUAAUAAAUCAUCCCUCUAUUAUGCCCUCUGGAUGUUAUUGAUUCCUGAAAUGCCUACCAGAGGUAAUAUGGAAAUUAGUCCCUUAGAAGGAAUUGUAGAUACAACUCUAUAAUUAGUCCUUCUUCCCCACUAUUCCCUCCCCAAAGGGAAAAGAUAAAGAAAAAAACUUGUAACAAAUAUGACUAGCAAGCAAAAUAGAGUCCCACAUUGGCCAUGUCUCAAAGUAUUGAACUGAAUAUCACUGUCUUUAGGAUGUUUUUCUUUAGAGUAUUAUUAAUGUAUAAAUUGUUCUGUUCAUCUCCUUCUGCAUAGCUUCAUAUAUCUUCCUAGAGUUCUCUGAAAAUUGUCCCUCUUGUCACUUCUUACAGCCAAUAAUAUUCCAUUACCAUCAUACUCAGGGACUAAAGUAGAGAGAUCAGACUACAGAAAGAGGUUGGGGGCAGAGAAGAGUGCCAAUUAAUGGUAAAUUUUGAACAAGCAAUCAGGGAUUUAGCUAGAAUAUAGAGGGAAAUGGAAAUUACUGACACCCUAGCCAAUAAGUUUUGGUAGCAGGAGAAUAGAACCCCUGAAUUCAAAAUGGUCCAGGUUAUAUCCUAUCUAUACCCCCUCAUUCUGGUUCUUGCCUACAUCCUCUCACCAGACCUUCACAAAUAAAUCCACCCAAUGUGUCAAAAGUCCUUCCUUCAGACAUUGAUAGCAUCACAUUGGAUAAACACCAGGAGAAUACAUAGAUUAUCCAGUAGCUAAGAUCUCUAUCUCUUGCUUUUUCUCACACGCGUGUGCCACCUGGCCAGCCUACAGCCACACAUUUCUCUGAUAUACCACUUUUCCUGUGCAGUUCCUUAAUACUGUGCUGAAAGUUCCUCAUGCCCCCAUGCUUCUCUCUCCAUUGUCCGUGGGGUUACUUGCAACUUUUAUUCAUCAGGGACAACAGUAUUCCAUAUUUUGCAGCUGCAUAACCAGAAAGAAAGAGUAUUAAAAAGUUAGGCCUUUGUUUCAGAGAGAAGUUUAUGAUCUUUAAAAGUAUUGUGCUGUAUCCCAAAUUCAAUCCAUCCUAGCCAAUUCUGGACCCAGGUCAUUGUCCAUCUGCUUGCAGUAUCUUUCUAAGAUAUAUGCACUUAUAGACCAGGUUUAUGGACAGUGCAUUCAACUGCAUAUCUUUGUCCCAAAUCAUUGUGAUUAGUGAUGAGGCAGAUAGGAGUAUUUGAGACAGAUGGAGCAAACAGAAUGCAGGAUGUGAUCGGCCAGAAAGUACUGGAGAAGACUGCAUUGAAACCCCCCACCGUGGGCUUAUCUGUAUGCAUUCACAAAGUACCUUAGAUUACCUGACAUUCCAGAAUAGCUCUUUCCUUCCCCCUUUCCUGUCCCCUCUGCUUACCUGUAUGGACUACAUGACAUUCUGGAGCAGCGCUCCCCUCUACCUUGUUCCCCCUUCCCAUUUUCUUAAACUGUAGUAGCUCCCCCUGCCCCAUCUUGUCAAACUGUAUAUAGACCAGACACAUAACCUGGGUCAAUGUUGGGUCUCCAGUAGGGAACAGGGCUCACUGGGCCCUCUGGCCUUCCAUAAGGAAGAGUCUACUGGGUGUGUCACCCCAAUAAAUGCCUUUACUUAGCUUGGAGAUGGUCUGAGCAAAUUCCUUCAAGACAACCCCACGACACACGUCUCCACUUUGAAGGUAGGCCCAUAUUGCCCAUACUUUAGAAUCAUUUGUGAGUUAGUAGAAGGGAAAAGAUGGAAGUGAAAAAAAAUUCAAGUGAGAUAAUGGAUGAGUUAAGGUCAGCAAAAAUUGCACUGUUUCUCACUCCCGUCCAUGCUGUGCUGGGGAGAGCAAGUUGAAAUAAAGGCCUACUUCCAUUUAGAUGCUGAGGGGAGGGCAAAUGGAAAGAGAGAAAAAUGCAAAUCCAAGUAUCAGAAGCUGCCUUCAAACUCUAAUUCCAGGACCUGGAACACACUGUAAUACCUCAGGACUCUCAGAUUCCAAAGAUUCAGAAUCCAUUAUUACUGUUCUCUCACUUGCCCUCAACCGCCACCCAGGUUUCAUCUACCCCUGUAGUAUGGUAAUUAUGCUGUCUUCCUUCUAGGCAAAUCAUUCACAACCUAAGUUUUCUGCUGCCUUAGGUAGUAGGGAGACAAAGGAGAAAGGCCUUGGAGGGGAUUAGAUCUAUGAAGGAAAAGAAAGCUAACUCUAGAAAUUGAGUUCUAAGUGGAUCUAUCACCUUGAGUAUGUAUAUUAUGUGAAUUAAAUUAUACAUGGUAUCUGGGUGAAACUAUCAAUGCUGAUUAUAGAUACUGAAGAACUAACAAAGUGAGAAAAGAAAAGCUAAAAUAUGGUUUAGAUUUAUAAAAUACUAAUUAUCAUUUAUGUGAACAGUUUGCUAGUUAUCCUAAUUACUGUAUAACACAAUAGUUGUACAUAUAUACAUAAUAUUAUUUUUAUAUAUAAGUUUAUGUUAUUAAAACUAAAUUAUUGUGGGGCAGCUAGGUGGCGAAGUGGAUAGAGCACUGGCCCUGGAUUCAGGAGGACCUGAGUUCAAAUGU